GAAAGCAUUGAUAUGAGAAUGGUGUUUAAAUUAUGACGAUUUUAUUCACACCUGCUUAAUUUAUGUCCUAUUAACAGUAUAAAUUGAAGAUUUAUGUGGCACUAUAUGCGGAAGUUGCAAUUAUAAAGGAACAAAUAUGGUUGUUGGCAAUUAAUGGCCGACCUCAGUGGCCUACUUCCAUCCUUCAACACACUUCAAGGAGCGCCGACAAGUUCCAAGAAAAAAGCAAGGUUUUGUAUCGAAAAGUCUUGCAGAGUCAUCAUGUAGGAGUUCAACAUAUUCUUUAGAUUCAUUUUGUGACAAGCAUAAUAUUCUAGUAUGAUUGAUGCGGUGAUUGAUGGAAGCAAGGGCCUCAAGUUUCUUUGCCAUCGGAAAGUGCAGUCAUGGAAGGACAGCAAGUCGCAGGGAGCAACAGCCAGUCAUUACCCUUGGCUAUUGGAUUGGACGGCCCAUCCUUGCUUUCAAACUUAAUGUCAUCUGUGACAUCGGAUUCACAGAACAAUAUACCACUAAACUUCCUGGAAAUACCCCUGAGCUUGUCGAAUCUGAAUGGGUUUCAGCCUACUGUAAAUAACAUAACGUUCUCUUCAGCAGAGCCUUUGAAUGGCUUAUCGGAUUUAGCCAUGUACAAAAUGCCGGACACUGGGUUCUUAAACGACUUGAGCGGCAGUGGCGAGGCCAAGUCCCCUCUGAGUGUGCUGGUAACUUCAGACAGCCUGAGUGGGGCCGGGCCAAGCAGCCCCCUCAUUGCCAUGAUCACCAGCCAGCCGAGUAUGUCCAGUCUGCCCUUUCAGUCAGUUGUCAGCGGUGGGGACAAGAUGCUGAGUGCUGCCAACACACUCAAUCUCAAUGACCCCGAGAUCCUGGGGGACUCGGCCUUUGACUCAAACCCUACCACGGGGCUGUCGCAGUUUGAUGACGGGCUGUUGUCGAGCCUGGGUAGUGCUGGGCAGGGAAUGAGGCUCGGGGAUGGGCCCACCGGAUCUCAUUUCAGCCUGUUUGAUGAUGGCGUGGGCGAUACACUGUCCCUGUCUCCACAGCCGUUCCCUGACGCAGGUCUCAUGUCAGAGUCCCCAUCUGUGCUGGACACAGGUUUAAUUCCUUCCCAAAAUUCGGACUUGAUGGACAGUAAUACCAGAAUGCAGCAGUCAUCAGGCAAGAAGAAUGCUCCUGUUACGACUGUUGCCCAAGAUAUGAAUGCUUCGGGCUCCAAGUUUGGCAUGUCACAGUGCAAUGUUUGUGCCAAGACCUUCAGUAACAUUGGUGCCCUGGCUAAACACAAACUCACACACUCGGACGAGAGGAAAUAUGUCUGCAAUGUCUGCUCUAAGGGUUUCAAGCGCCAGGAUCACUUGAAUGGUCAUCUGAUGACCCACUUGGACAAAAAGCCCUUUGAGUGUAAUCUCAGCGGUUGUGACAAGGGAUACUGCGACGCCCGCUCAUUACGGCGCCAUCUGGAGCAAUAUCACCAGCUGGACCCAGACACGGCGCAGAGCCACGCUCAAGCCAGCAUGGCUGCCGCUGGCAUACCUCCGCCCGCUGGACGGUCUUCUUCCAAAAACAAGUCCGGGGAGUCGCGGGGCAAGCAGCUGAGCUCUCCGGUGUACAGUCCCGGAUCUGCCACACCCACGCCGAGCCCAGGGUCAGCUGGGGCUGGAAAUGUGUUUCACUUUGACCAGCAGCAGCUGAAGUCAAGUCAGCAGCAGAAACAGCAGCAGGAACUUCUUGUUCAACAAAUCCACCAAAGGGAGAAACUGUUGUUGCAACAGCAAAAACAGCAGCAGCAGCAACAGAAGGCUCAACAGGAAGAGCAGAAAGUACAGAUUAGACAUUCACCCCAGCAAAUGCAGAUACAGCUCCAACAGCAACAACAAUUGCAGCAGCAGCAACUACAACAACAGCAACAGCUGCAGCAGCAACAACAGCAGCAGCAUCAACCAGCAGAUAUGUUGGCAGUGAUUCAGCAAGUGCAGCAGCUGCAGCAGCAACAGAAGAAGUCAGGAGGAGGUGGCAAGGAAGUGGUUUCUGCGAGCCAACAGGAUGUCUUGUCUUGGGGAGACAAAGCAGCUGUGUAUACAUUUGUGGGCACACCAACAUCCAAUGAGCAGUCACCAGCCUCCCACAGUGACCAGUCGCCCAGUGGCAUGGUGGUGCCCGCAGAGCUGACAGCCAAGAGCCCUGUGUCUCCUGCCAAUGCCCAACCCACACCCACCACGCGACCUGUCUGGUAUGGUAGCCCACCGGAAACUACAAACAAUCCCCCUGCAAAACCGGAGGAACCUCCAAAGACUCAGGCCUACUGCUCCACCUGUGACCGCUAUUUUAAGAACUCCUCUGCUCUCAAUGGACACAUGCGUUGUCAUGGUGGUUUCUUGAAAAAACCUGGGAAGGACAAGGACGGGAAGAAAUCCCCCAUGAGAAAAUCCACCGCCCCCUCUGACAUGGGCCCCCCACUGCGUCGACCACCCCACACGUCUACUCCGUCUCCUCAGCCUGGAAUGGCGCGCAACAGUCCCACAAUGCCUGGCGCCAGCUUCUCCCCGUCUGCUCUGGGUCCCCUCACCCCCACACAGACUUCGGUAGAGUCCCCCUCGGGUAUAGAACUACUGAACACAACUUCUGCUUCCGAACAGCUAACCCAAAACCCCCAGUUUUCAGUGGAGCCCAAACUCCCUCAGCAAAAGCACAGACAGCUUCAGGAGCAGCUCUCUUCUCACAUACUCAAGCGCAGGAUCUCAGGGGAACAGCAGCAGCGGCGACAGCAGCAGCAGCAGCAGCAACAUCAGCAACAACAACAACAGCAGCAGCAGCAGCAGCACCAGCACCAGCUGAAACAACAACAGAACCAGCAGAAUCAGCAGCUGCAACAGUUACAGUCAAAUCAGGAACAAAUGAGACUACUAGAGGAACAUUUCACAGUGCAGCAGCAACAGCAGCAGCAGCAACAACAAGGCUUACAGCUGCUGCCUGGUCAAGUGGUGAACUCUGUGUCCAAUUCGAUGGGGCUAGACGUGGGAAUGUCAAAACCUGCCUCACCGCAGCAAGGGGAGCACAUACAGAGGCUGGUACAGAGCUUCCAACAGGUGGAAGAACUGCAUCGACAACAGCAGGAACUGCCAGAACUGAGCGCGGAGGAGUUAGAGCAGAUUCGCCUGCAGCACAAGCUCCUGGGUCUACCGCCGCUCAAUCCCAAGCAGGUGCAGUUCCAACUGCAGGAACAGCACCAGCAACUUAGGCAGGCCCAGCUGCGCGAACAGCAGAUUCAGCAGCAGCAGGAGCAGAGCCUCCAGCCCAUGGAGGCGGGAACUCUGGUGAUGGCGGCCUCGCCUCUCGAUCAGGGCUCGCAGGGUGCGGCCAGCAUCGCCGCUCAGCCCGGAGGCGCUCUGGUGCAGCUUAACGGCCCCACCUCGGAGUCAGACGCCCGUGCAACGGCCUCUUCUCUCCCGCCCCAGGCCCUGCAGCACAUUCUGGCUGGCCUUGACCCCUCGGUGGUCACCGCGGCAGGUAUCUCUGUGGCUGACCAGCAGCAGCUGUUGGCUCAGCUUCAGAAACAGCCACUGCCGCAGCAACAACAGCAGGAGAUGGUCGGCGUGCAGAUGCAGUCUCAGGGCGGAGCCAUCACGUUCAGCAGUCAGCCAACUCUAGUCUCUGGGCUGCAGGUGGGCAGCCUCCCACAGAUCCUCCUCCAGCCGCCUGACGCUGACGACCUGAGCGGCGUCCCGACCAUCUCCAUCCCAGAGGCGGUGGUGCUGGGCGGGGACGCCGCUGACCACCACCAGCAGCAGCAGCUGCAGCAGCUCCACUCGGGGCUGAUGGAUGCCACGUCGCUGGACCCUUCGGUGACCGCUGCCGUCUUGGCAGGCAGCGACGCCCUUGCCCCACCCCACCUCGGCCCCGCCCAGCUCCAGUCCUCCAACAACAGUAACAUGCAAGGCUUCAUUGGUCUGCAUAAUCCUUCUGCUCAACAUUUAGAGGCCCUUCCGUCACAGCCCCAACUCGGUUUCACUCAACUCAGGGAAAACAGCGUGACCCAAGGCAGCAGCACUCGCAUCAACAGUAUCAGCAGCAACAGCAACACCACUACCGUCAACAACAGCAUUCAGGCUGAGGCAAGCUCGUUUCUCAACUCCACGGCCCCCACUCGCAGCUCCCAGAUGUCCAAGUCCUCGUCUCCGUCCAGCACGGCAUCGCAGAACACGGACGCGGCAGUGGCUCAGAUUUUGAGGAACAUCAGUCAUAGUCUGGCAGCCAGUGCUGCGGGGAAUGCCCUCGACUCCACCACUGGGCACCAGACUCUCUCAGAAACUGGCACUUCUUCUGUGGCGCCGUCGCCUGCAGUUGCCAUGGACUCCACAGAGAUGCGUCGUGGAUCCAGCGGUUGCGGUCUGCCUGGGUUGAAUAAUUCUCUGAACCUGCAGCCUUCCUAUCCGUCAUAUCAAAGCUACUCCUCUUCGUUCUCGAAACCGUUCAAAGACUCAAUCAAACAAGAUGUGAUGCUUUCUUCCACGGUCACAUCGGACGGGAACCACCUGUCUUUGUCGUCAUCGGACAUCCUGGCCAGAGAUGAUGUGCCUUGUGCCCCAAGGCCGGCCAAAAUCCCCAAGAACGAUGCAGCGAGCAAGCGGAGACUGUCCGAGGACCUGGAUUCGCACCGCAAGAGCUCCACCCUUUCCAGCCUGCAUCGCUCUCACACGUUGGGGGUCAACCCGAACUCGGUUCUCGUCUCACCCCUAGAAGUGGAAGGUCUGAGCCCGGGUAGGGUUCGAGUCCGCAGUAAGUCGGGCGAUAUCAACAGCUAUAAAGCACUGAGCACGAAAAGUGCAGAGCACUCGUCUGGCCGGACACUUAGUCUGACUGAAGACUCGUUGUACCGUGGGGGCCGACGGUGGGAUGGGACAUUCAUAAGGGAUGGGAGAGGGUCGCACCAGGACCACGAUCUUUUUACUCAGUCCGACGGUGCUGGAGUGUUCAGGAACCCCGGCCAUCUGCCUAGCCCACUGAAAAUCAAACGUAAGCAUCGACCGGCGCCUCUUUACAUCCCACCUCAGUUUGGAAUCUUCCAGAGCCGUUUGAGGUCUCCUCGAGUCAUUGGCAAAGAUGGCCACCUCACGACGGAAAGGGGUAAAGGUCACACACCGCCCCCGUACACCCCUCCGCCUAUGUUGAGUCCUUUCAGAAGCGGCUCGGGAUUGUUUUGCACUCUCCAGUCGGCUCCUCCCAUCACGCCCAAGUCAGCUCCAGAGUGGGGCAAAAUCUCACUCAGCCGAAGAGGAAGUCAAAACAGUGCAAAGCUUGAGAAUGCGGAAGAGCCCUUUGUCGGCCAAGCUGAGGAAGCAGAGCCAGCUACAGAGACAGAGGCUCACAUAAACCUUGGUCCGGAGUAUCAGGCUGUGUUGCCGGAGUUGAGAAACAAAUCCGAAGUUCUCCUGCGCAGCCCUGAAGAUAGUUACAAACGUAAACUUUGGGACCCUUCCUCGGAAACAGACAGCUCUGAUGCUCAAUUGCAAUGCUACCAGGAGUUCUCCUGCACAGCGGCGGUCAAGGGCAACGGCUGCAAUGUGGAGUACGCUCUACACCUGCUGCACCUGGCCAAGGGAAACAUCAGUGAAGCCAUGUUGAUGCUGAUGGGGGAUCCGCCUGUGUUGCCUGCCAGUCACCCGAUGGUCAACUACAAGUAUCAAGAGUCCGAUUCCUGGAACUCUAAUGAAAUGGAAAGUUUCUACAAGUCCAUCAUGGUGCAUGACAAGGAUUUCUUCAAAGUGGCAGCAGAUGUGGGCAGCAAGUCAGUGAAGCAGUGUGUCCAGUUUUACUACGUGUGGAAAAAAGUCUGCCCUGACGACUAUCGGCGCCUGCGGCUGGCCCGCAACAAGCAAGGGGACUACAACACGCGCCGGCAGGCUGAACGGGUGGCCGCAGCUGCUGCUGCUGUUGCUGCGGAGAAGGCAUUACAACAGCAACAGCAAAACGUGCCGACUACAGAGACACAGCCUUUGCCCGUGAAGCAGGAAACCGUUGCGGAGGAGCCAGGAGAGGGGGUAGAUUCCGACAAUACCAGUGGAGUGUCGGAAAAUGAUGACAGCCAAGUCACAGCUGAGAUGAGUCAAGUGACCCCAUCCACGGCCAGCUCCACUCCCACACACAUUGAGUCGCCCAGCCCAGUUCCUCCCCGAGCUUUUCACUGCACGUACAAAGGCUGUUCAGUGACGUUCACCUCCAAACACAACUUGAAACGCCACAUGCGCAAACAUCAGGAGAAAGCGGCGGCAGCAGCAGCAGCGCAGACAGUGGCCGUGGCUACGCCUCAGCGUAAGCCACGGCCCAGCACCCCUAGCCGUUCUCCCGUGUAUGACGAGUUUGGAGAGGAAAUUUUCCCCUGCAGACUUUGUGGCAGGGUGUUUGCAAAGGUGAAAAGCCGCAGUGCUCACAUGAAGAGCCACAAGAUUGCUGAGCAGGCACAGCAGGAAAGGAAGGCUGUUGAGGAAAGGAAGGCUGUGGAGGCCCCCUCGGCCACUUUUGGAAGUACGUAGGCGGUAUCCUCAUCUAUCUGUUCUUGGCUAAGCUCGACUUCUCAGAAGAUUGUGACUUUCGACCCAGGAUUUGCAUUUAUACUACACGACAGCAAGGCGUAGGCUGUCCUGUUUGUUACUGGAAUUUUCACAUUGAUGGACCUCCGCCAUUCAUGAUAUGGGUGAUAAGACUGGAAUUUUUCACUGUGCAUAGACUUUGAAAGCAAAAAUGAAGUUGUGUGCUAGUGCAGAGAGAUGUUGCCUGUUUGCACACCGAGUGGGUCAACAGAUGAUGUUGUCAACACAAGUUUCGCCAAUUUGCGGUGUUCUUACUGCCUGGAAACUAUCGUAGGACUUUUGCUAAAGUUGAUUGUUGUUGUCAUCAGAGAGUAAAGUUUGCGGAAUUGUUUCUGCUCUUGUAGUAAAAGUACUCUGAUAGUUUGUUCCUAGUUUUAAAGCGAAUCAGUUCUAUUUUUGGCGAAAUUUGUUUGUUUUUCAAGUGAAACUUAUGGAAGUGUAAAGACGUACGUUUAAUUUGUCAAUUUGAUCAUAUAAUGUGUUUUUUCACUGUUAUGAGUAGGUACACAAAGCUGCUUUCUAAAUUCAGGUCAUGAUGUCUGCGCACUCCGUGUGUAUUCUGGUCAGGGUUUCUGUGGUUCACUUUUUGAAGAAGGCAGAGCGUGUAAAGGGUGGCUGGAUGGAGUAAGUGUGUAAACACUUUGGGGACUAGGCGCUGUGAUUGACAAUGACGACCAGCCACAUCAGGUGGUGAAAUUUCUGUGCCAUGGGUGGAAGAACUAGGGCAUUUAGUGCAAACUUUAGUCUCCUCAAGUUUUCAGAUGUUUAUUCCUAGUAGGUGAAUGCUACUAUACUUGUGGAUAUAGUAAGAUGUGACAUUGACGACGUCCAAGUUGCAGCACUUUCUCCCAAGUUUUCUUUUGGAAGGUUACUUGUUUGGGUUUUUUUGGUGUGUUUUUUUUUUUUACAAGUUGCGAGAUUUUCAAUAUUGUACUUGCGCCAGUAGACUUAUUUUUUUGUACACUCAGAUGUAAUUUCUAUCAGAAUGUGUAAGUAAUACAGGAUUGUGCAGUUGAAGACUUUUGCAGGAAUGGCAUUUUCAAAAUGUUGUACUCAAGUGGACAGAUAAGCUCAUGUUGUUCGUUCUUCGAGAGGAGCUAUCAUUCUUUGGACAUUUUCCUUCCUGGCAGUUGCCACGAUGAACUGAGGAGAAAAACCCUUGUGUUACAGCUUUGCAACUUUCUCAUUGAAGGUGAGAAGAAAGGGGGGCUGUAGGUCUGUGGUACUUUGAGAGGUUCCGGUUGUAGUCGGUUCUCCGAGAGUUUUAUUCUUGAAUAUGUGCAGUUAAGUUUCUCUUUCUCUGCGACCUGUGCCUGGAUUUUUGCGUCACUGCGGUUUGGAGUUGGCAGGUCAAAGUUCACAGGUCAGCAAGUGAAAGAGGACUGAGAACACAGUGCAUCAUCCCAUGAAGGCAGCAGUGGGGCUUGUGUGUGUGUGUGUUUCGGGGUGUGUGUGUUGCGGAUGUGUAUGGGGGUGUGUGCAAAAUAUGAGGGCCUAGAUUAAUGUACCUUGUCUUAACUCAUUGAACAAUUUCUUUGCCAUUUUGCCAUAUGGGCGGUCGGGCACACAUAUUUGGUGAGCCACCACCCCCCCCUACCACCAUGUAUGCCCCAUCAAAUAAGGGUAAACCAUUUUCCUCAGCCAGGCUGUGUGUUUCUAGCUUUUCUUACAUCAUCUCUCAACCCUCCCCUUCAUAAUUUUUAUCUUUGCUAAGACUUGUGAAUGUCUUACUGACUGAUAUACCCCUACCUAUCGCCUCGAUUUCAUCAUUUUUCACAGUGUGGCCAUUAUCUUUGCAUAAUACUACAUACUUGUCAAUGGGUGGAAGCCCCUUGAGAUGAAAAAAAAGGCCAUGGUUGAAUUAGUGUUUUAUACAUGUUUGUUGCUUUUUCUUUUUUUUUCUCGUUUUCCAGAAAAUUUUAUCAGCAUGUAUAACCAUGUCUUUUUUAGAUAGCAAAGUUUAGCAUAUAGCAUAGAGUCUAACAAAGUUUUAUGUACAAUUGUAAAUAAUGCAUAAUGUUUCAUAUGUCCUGUUCCUUGGAUUUUGUUGAUGUACAACUAUACCUAAGGCAGAAAGAAUCCUAUUGACGUAAUCUCACACUUUUUUUUAUGUUAACUUCAGGGCAAACUGUUUGUGUCAUAACUCUUUCUGUGUGUUUGUGUUGAGAUACUUUUGGUAGAAAGUGUUGUUCUUUUUUGUAAAUCUUGUACUGGGUUGUAGAAAGUGUUAUACCGUUGCUGAACUUUGUGCGACAAGUGAGAUGGAAGCUUUGACUAAAUGUGUGGUCAGUCCAUUGUGAGGCUGGGUAUAGAAUCUAUAAGAAAGAUGGUCUUGUCUUGCUGUUAUGGAUUAUUGUUUGUAUUGCCGGUGGCAAUGGGAAAGGUACUUGGCAGAAAAAAGGUUUGUUGUGAUCUUGGUGUUACAGACCUUGUGUUGGCUGACGUUGGAUGAAGAAAAUUUGGCUUUGAUGUUCAUGCGACUGGAGAGAUAAAGAGAGAUGGCUGGCUGCAUGUGCAAGUGAAGCCAGACCUAGUGAUACAGGGGGAAACCACCCAGAUUGUUUGACAUUUUGUUUGUCCACAAGGCGUGUGAUAUAGAGAAGAUCCCCACAUUUUAGUGGAGACCAUUUUUUUUCCCCCCAGUGGGUUCCGAAAGAAAAAGAAGACUGACCAUGCUUAUUUGUUUUAAAACGACUCAAUUUUUUUAUGCAAGCAUUGACUGCUUCUAGUGUGUGUUGUGGUUGUUUUCGUGUGCGAGCGAGGAGUGAAGGGAGAAGAAAAAUAGUGUAUAUUUGGUCUUAGGGUGAGACUCCACAGUGUUUUCAUACCGCUAUUGCGGAAUGGAGGAAAUUGUUUCUUGGACACUGGUUUCACUUUUGGGGGGCUUGUGCACGUGUUAAUGUUUGAGAUGAUAUUUACUGGGUAUCAGGGUGCAUGUGUGUGUGUGUGCAUGCGUGUGUGUGUGUGCGUGCGUGUGCACAUGUCAAUGUCUGCUAACCUGGUGCCGGACUUGCUAGUGCCUCAAAUUGUUUGGUGUCUUUCUGCAAUGCUCUGCCCGCGUGCAAUGUUGUAAGCUCAGACUGGAAAACUACAGCCCAGUGGGCUCUGUGUGUCCCGCUCCGCUCUCUUGUUACACCCCCCUCCCCCUUGUGCUCAUCAUCCUUGUUUUGUACUGUUCGGUGCUGGAAAGAGCUCACUUCUUUUUGUCUCUGAUGCGUGCGUGCGUGUUCUCUGAGGUAUUGGUUUAGGGCUGCUUGAGUUGCUCUGAGUAGCACUCCUAUUUGCAGUUGCCUCAGCCGCCUGUGUGUACCUGUUGUUGUGUGUGUGUUCCCAUGAUCUCAAAGACGGCAUGUUUGGAAACUUGAAUUGUUUCAGUUCUUUCUGAACCAGUGGUUUUACAACAGGAGAGAUAGUUUUCUGCUCUUCUGUUUUUCUACUUUUUUAGCUAAACUUCUUUAAUUUGACAGGAAAUUAUAUCUUGAGCUUUGGAUGAAAUUUUACUGCGAAGAGCAUGUUUUCUUGCUUCCCUUCGUAUUUUCUAAUUUUAGAUGGAUUUCUUUGUAGUGUCUCUUAACUUAAAGUUUGAACUGUUUACCAGUUUGUUCUGCCAUUAUAUUUUCUUUGACUAAAUUAAAUGUGUGGUAGAUAGGACAACAUAGUUCGUCAUGUUUCAUUGGUUGUGCGAUUAGGAAAAUGGCUGGUCAUUGUUUUGCAGUUUAUUAAAAAAAA